CAACGCCCACCACCUUCGCUGUUCUCCCAUUCGUCUCUCUCCAACGCCGCAACCACCCAUCUCCUCAUUUUUUGUUUUGUUUUUUGCACUCUGUUUUGCUCUGUUUGUUGCCAUGGCAUUUUCUCUGUGUCAUGGUUUUUGUGUUUCUUGUCCCCAUGAAUUGGCACUAGAGAAAAAGGUAAUUGUUGGGUCUUCAGACGCUUUAGUUUGCAAGAACGAGUUCAGAGGAAACCAGCUCGUGCUUAAACAACAGAGCGGUUUAGAGAGAUGGGUUCCCAAAGAAACCCACUCUCCUUUCUCUAUUAGUGCUCAGGCUUCAAUCUGUGUCCCUAGAGCUAUGAGAUGGUGGGAGAAAACGAGCAAGCCAAACAUGACGGAGAUCAAAUCUACGCAACAUCUCGUCGAUUCAUUGUUGGGUGCCGGAGAUAAGCUUGUCAUAGUUGAUUUUUACUCCCCUGGAUGCGGAGGCUGCAAAGCUCUGCAUCCGAAGGUGAAACCCCCCAAAUCCAUAUGUCAGUUCGCAGAACAACAUCCAAACGCGACGUUUCUCAUGGUUAACUACGAGGAGCACAGGCCCAUGUGCCAAAGCCUACACGUUCGCGUGCUACCCUUCUUCAGGUUCUACCGAGGGGCUCGAGGCCGCGUCUCGAGCUUCAGUUGUACCAACGCAACGAUAAAGAAGUUUAGGGACGCUCUGGGUAAGCACGGAGCAGAAAGAUGCGGCCUCGGACCAGCGAAAGGAUUGGAAGAAUCAGAGUUGACGAGUUUAGCUUCGAAGAAAGGGACCAAUUUCAGCUAUCCGUUGAGCUCUUCGCCGCCUGGAGAUUUUAGCUUUUAUUCAGAUUCUGAGGGAAGAACCGACAUGGCGAUGGCGAGCCCGCGUUGAUCCAUCGGUUUCUUGUUAAUUAGGAGUGUACAUAAUUCUACAUCUGGGGCUCUGUGUUUUUCUGUGAGAGCCCCGGUUUCAAUAAGUUGUGUUCAGGCUGUGUUGACGAAAUGAAAAGAGAUUGAUUUUGUUUGAUUU